UGUGAAAAUAUCCAAAUAAUUUCACUUUCUAAAAUUGUUCUCUUGUUGAGAUAUUCAUAUAAACAUAAAGAUUCUCAAAGCUUACAAUGAGAGUUAUUACAUUGUUACUCAGAUAUUGUGUAUUUAAAUAUACUAUGUCUGAACGAUGAUAUAAUGACUGUCAUUGUUCUACUUUGAGCGUCUUUGUUGUUGCUUGAAUACCUUAACAAGAGAACCAUUUUUGAAAAUAAAAUUAUAGAGAUUUUUCGUAUCUCACUUGAGAUUACAUACAAGUAAAGUUUUAUCAAAAUUUGUAAUAUCAAUCAAAUAAACUUGUUUAUGGGUGUCGUGCAAUUACCUCUAAGGAUUAAAGAAAGGUGCAAAUUGAGAAUAGAAUAUUCGAGUUCUUGCUCAAAUUUUUCUGAUAAGAAAUUUAUUACAUUGUUUAUAGUGACUGAAAAAAGUGUGAAUGAUUGAGUGUGAAAUUAGCUAUUGGAUCUAUUUUAAAUGGAUUUACACAAUUGGUGAGUCUCAAUGCAUUGCCCAUUGAAGAGAAGUUAACGAGUUGUUCUUAAAAAUCCAGAAUGAGUGGAUGCUCAUCUAUAACUUUCUAUGCUACUAUUUACAACAUGUUGUUAACGGCGUAUGAAUUGCUUUGCUAUGGUGAAUCAUGUAAAUAUUUAAAUAGUAGAAGGUUGAUUUUUCAAUAUCUAUGGCAAGUAGAAGGAGAUCGAAUGGUUGUGACGAUCGAACAGGUGUACUAAUGAUUACUAUUCAUUUUUCGAACUCGCAGGAGUCAAACGGUAAGAAUCCUAUGCUGAUAUACAACGUCAUUAUUUUGAAAUCAUGUUCAUUUUUCUCUUACAACAUAAUGUAAGUUUUUAUUUUAGAGUAUGAAAUCAUCGUAUUAUUUAGAUAUUUUGCGUGGACGAUCUCAACAAUUACCUGAUGUUCGAUCAAAAAUUGUACGAGUUUUUGUUAGUUCAACGUUUUCAGAUACAUUAACUGAACGAGAUUCUUUAAUUGAAAAUAUAUUUCCUAAACUUAAAGAUUAUUGUCGUGAAAAAUAUGGAUUAGAAUUUCAGUAUGCUGAUAUGCGAUGGGGAAUUCAAACUGAAUCAGCUAAUAAUCAUGGAGAAGUUACAACAUGUAUAAAAGAAAUUGAAUUAUGUAAAAAAUAUUCUGUUGCUACUAAUUUUGUGGUAUUACUUAGUCAUCGUUAUGGUUCACGACCAAUUCCAGCUCAGAUUCGUGCAUCAUUAUUUGAUUUAUUAAAAGAAACUGUUCUAAAUGAACAAAAUGAAAAUCAUGAUGCUGAACUAUUAACACAAUGGUAUCGACUGGAUACGAAUUGUAUGCCACCUGCAUAUGUUUUACAGAAUAUUUCAUCAAUUAUACCACAUUUUAUAUCAAAAAAUACAGAUGAAGUAAAACAGGCAGAUAAAGAAUGGAAAGAUAUAAAUAAUCGUAUAAGACUAUGCCUUCGACAAGCAGCAGAAACAUGUCUUCAACGAGGACAAAUCACAGAACCUGAUUAUGAUAAUUUUUUUAUAUCGGCAAAAGAUGCUAAUGAACGUACUUUAUGUUUUUUACGUGAAAUUGUUGAUAUUCAAAAUCAUUUAUCAGAUGAAAAGGUACGAAAAUAUAUCGAUAUAUCAUCAGAAACAGUUAUUGAUCAAGAAGCUGAAAAAUUACUCGAUCGAUUAAAAAAUGUUCGUAUUCCAGCUGUAUUAAAAUCUCAAAACAUAUUCAAAUAUAAACUUCAUUGGUCAUCAAAUGGAAUUAACCGACAAGAACAUUCUCAAUAUAUAGAAGAAUUUAAUAAUGAUUUUUAUACAGCAAUGAAAGAACAAAUAGAUCGAUGUGUUCAAUCACGUUAUACAAUUGGUUCUGAUAGUUUACAACAUGAAGUAUUAGAACAUGCUAUACAAUGUAAAACAUAUGUUGCUAAAUUUCAUGGAAGAAUUGAUGUCUUAUCUAAAUUGGAAAAAUUUGUGAAAAAUAAUAUUGAAUAUCGACCAUGUGUUGUUUAUGGUGAAUCUGGUUGUGGAAAGACAAGUGUAAUAGCUAAAACGGCAACAGAGAUAUUUAAAUGGUGGCCUAAUCGAUCUGUUUCGGUUAUUUUACGUUUUCUUGGAACUACACCAGUUUCUUCAACUAUUUAUAAAACUUUACUUUCUAUAUCUGGACAAAUUUCUGAAUUAUAUAAUAUACCAAUGACGGCCUAUCCAACUGUGAAUCAACUUCGUGAUCAACUUGAAUUAAAUCUUCUCUCUCAAAUACGUGAUAAUGAAUAUCUUCUUAUAUUACUUGAUUCAAUCGAUCAAUUACAUAGUGAUGCAUAUGAUUGUAAAUGGUUACCAAUAGAAUUUCCAUUCAAUGUUAAAUGUAUUGUAUCAACAUUGCCUGAUCAUGGAAAUAUUUUAGAAAAUUUAAAACAUAUUUUAAUUGAAAAUGAAAAUUUAUUUAUACAUGUUCCACCAUUUGAACCAUCAACAGUUGAAAUAGUUUAUAAUGAUUGGCUUGAAAUGAAACAGCGUUCAUUAAGUACAGAACAACGUUUAUUUAUAAAUAAUUUAAUGAAUAAAAAACAUAAUAUUCUUCCAUUAUUUAUGAAACUUAUGUUUGAUAU